AUGGGAAGCAUUCCAGACUUGCCAAUUCCCAUAUCUCUGGUAUCCGGACAUUAUUUCCUCUUCUCAGUCGACAUAGUGACAUAUCUCCGUCGGGAGCACCACAUUUGUGGCGUAUUGAUAGGGACUCUUCCACAAAUUCCCCAACAGAAUGUCUUCCUUGGGCUUCCCCUGGAGCUCAUGCCCGAGGAGGCAAGAUUACUUGUAGAAAAAGGUGUGGCCUAUAUCGUUGAUGAGGCCAAAGUCCAUGAGGAUCGCAUGCAACACUUAACUAACCAGGACCGGCGUCGUUACCUGCAGACCUUUGAGGAAGAAGGCCGUCGAGCAGCACUUCUACAGGCUGGCCGUAAGGAACAACAAAGAGAAGAAGCUCUCAAGAAAUUAGAAUUGAGAAACACACAUAAACCGGCAGAAUCAUUACUGAACCAGAGUCCUGUGCCUUCUCAAAAUUCCAUUGAAGUGGGGUCUGAGGAACAACUCUUUCACAGCUCUUGUCAAAGUUCAUCCGCAGUCCCAGCACCUUCCAGGCCACCCCUUACUACAGAUGCUGUUUUUGGAAUUACUCCCGCAACAUCUGAUGGCUUAUUUCCGAAGGCCCCACCCCCUCAGCCUCUCACUUUUCCAGACGUACCACCGUCAUAUCCACUUUUUGCCCACUUACACUCGAAAGGGUAUUUCUUAUCUCCCGGACUCCGUUUUGGGUGCCAGUACCUUGCUUAUCCCGGUGACCCUUUACGUUUCCAUUCCCACUUCCUAGUUGUCUCUGCGGAGUGGGAUGAAGAAUUCGACAUCAUGAACUUAGUUACUGGCGGUAGAUUGGGAACUGGGGUUAAGAAGGGCUUUCUUAUUGGGGGUGUAGAGUCAUUCAAUGACAGUCAUGUCGAGUCUUAUCCCGAUGUUGUGAGGACUUUUAGCUUCGAAUGGGCUGGGAUGUGAUUUCGGAGAAUAUCUGUGGAUAAUUUUAUGCAACCCUUGAUAACCGUCGGCUAGGGCUUGUCGCUCCUAUUGCCAAGGUAUUUGUCUGACAACGGUGUGUGCUGUUUUUCUUCAAGCUGAUAGGUUUUUCGUGACCUAAUCCUCCGCUUGCCCAGAACCGCUGAUGAGGAGCGAUGUGUCACUCCAAGCGACCGUGAUGGACAGGAGAUACUCUGAAUGUCGCGAAACCCUUGAGGUUGACCAGCAAUUUAGAGGGUCAACGAUAACUUCAUGCUGUAGGCUUGGGCUGGCUAUCUAUGGAUAGGUCGAGCGAAAUACCUGUUUACGCGAGAAUGCCUCCAAUUCAACACACCAAUUGACUGCCUGUCGUAAACUAUAGACAGUUAACGCAAUUGGAUGGGGGGGUGGGGGGGAACUAAUGGAAGAGCAUUGAGAGCGAAUCUUCUGUAGUAUUAAUUUCAUAUAUGAUACUACGCGUUUUAUAAGCCCAGUGCUAGGA